GCUGGGUGAUGUACAGGGGCAAGUGCCUCUUCCUGUCAGCGGAGAAGAAGACCUGGGAGGACAGCAGAGCAGAGUGCAAUAAGAAAAUUUCUGACCUCCUGAUCACUAAAUCCUGGACUCGCUGGACCGUGCCGAACUUCCUGAAGAACUCAGACACCCCGUACUGGAUUGGGCUGUACAAGAGCAGCUUCCCCUGGUACGAGUACGGGUGGCUGGAGGAAGAGGAUCCAGAUGGUGAGGGUGGUACGGACGCCUGGCUAUGGGUUGAUGGCUCUCUUUAUGAAAGGUACUUGGAGGCUGAUUUGUGUGCAUCCAUUGCUGGAGAGGCGCAGACAGGGUAA